AUGCUCAUUACAAAGUUAUCUCGCUCCACCCUUGCUUCCAUUGUCACUCGUCCUAUGACAAAGCGCUGUUAUGCUGCUGCUGCCAAUAGCGAGCCUAUUAAAAAGACCGCUUUGUAUGAUUUCCACGUCAAGCAUGGUGGCAAGAUGGUUCCCUUUGCUGGCUAUGCCAUGCCUGUUCAAUACUCUAAUAUGGGUAUGUUGGCUUCUCAUCAUCAUACCCGUGAGAAGGCUUCCAUUUUUGAUGUUUCCCACAUGCUCCAAUCUCGUCUGACUGGUAAAGACCGCAACAAGUUCUUUGAAACUCUUGUUGUUGCCGAUUUACAAAACUUGCCUGUGGGCCAAGGUACUUUGUCCGUCUUCACCAACGAACAAGGUGGUAUCAUUGAUGACACUAUUGUCAUGCAACAUCAAGACAGUUUGUACGUUGUUUCCAACGCUGGUUGUGCUGAUAAGGAUUUAGCUCACAUUCGCAAGCAUCUCGCUGAAUUCCAAAAGAAGGGUGGCGAGGUUGAGUUCAAUGUCAUUACUGAUCACUCUUUGAUUGCUAUUCAAGGCCCUAAGGCUGCUGCUGCUUUAGAGACUUUGGUCGGUCAAAGCUUGGCUGAUUUCAGUUUCAUGCACGGUAAGCAUAUGGAAGUUGCUGGUGUUCCUUGCCACAUUGCUCGCUCGGGUUAUACUGGUGAAGAUGGUUUCGAGCUCUCUGUUCCUACUGAGGAGAUUGUCACCAUCACUGAAAAGUUGCUGGCUCAUCCCGAUGUCGAGAUGGCUGGUCUCGGUGCCCGUGAUUCUCUUCGUCUUGAAGCCGGCCUCUGUCUGUACGGUAACGAUUUGGAUGAAACUACUACUCCUGUUGAAGCUGGUUUGACAUGGACUAUUCCCAAAUCUCGUCGUGAAACUGGUGGUUUCUUGGGUGCCGAACACAUCUUGCCUCAAAUCAAGGGUGGUGUCUCUCGUCGUCGUGUUGGUCUUAUUGUUGAAGGUGCUCCCGCUCGUGGUGGUGCCGAGAUCUUGAACAAGGAGGGUGAAGUCAUUGGUACUGUCACUUCUGGCUGUCCUUCUCCUAUCCUCAAGAAGAACAUUGCCAUUGGCUAUGUCAAGAACGGAUCUCACAAGAAGGGUACUGAACUCGACGUCAAGGUCAGAAACAAGGUACAAAAGGCUGUUGUCACCAAGAUGCCUUUUGUCGAAUCAAACUACCACAAAUAG